CGUAGUGAGCAAACGGAAACUCACAAAUUAAAGAGAUCAUAUAGCACCGGUUUCCAAAUUCGAGAGAGAUGGGAAAACGAUUUUACUGCGAUUUCUGUGAUCGGUCAUUUGCUGACAGGGGUUUGAAUAGGAAAAAUCAUUUUAAGGGAUUGCAACAUCAGCGCAUGAAGAAACAGCAUUAUGAUAACUUCCGUGAUGCUGCUUCCAUUCUAGCUGAGGAUUCAAGUAAAACACCAUGCAAAAGAUUCUUUAUGGGCUCUUGUGAUUAUGGUGAUGGUUGUAAAUUCUCUCACAUGACACCAGAAAAAAGGCAGUUCCUUCAACAACAAGUUACUAAUGAUAAAGAGGAGAAGGAAAGAAGACUUAUGUUAGAGGGAUCAGAGCCUACAUUAGAAGAGUGGUUGGAGAAAAGAAACAAGAAACUCAGGAAAGAUAACCCAUCUGAAAAUAGACCAGACAUACAUUAUGAGUUACCUCCCUUCCUAAUGCAUGUACCAAAUCUGCCUCCAUCAUUGCUACCUCCAACUGCUGAAGAGCUGAUAAAUAAACCUCACUGUGAAUGGGGAUGAAAUGUAAAUGAAAGACACAAAGACUAGCUUUACAAAGACUGUAGAGGGAUAUGAAAAAAAGUUGUGUCUUAUUGAAAAAGGAAAUUAUACCAAUAGUAUUGGCAAUAUGUUUGUGUGAACCCUACCAGCAUUUUGCAAUAUACUUGUGUAAACGCUACCAACAGGUCUGGCAAUUCCCUAUCAGCAGAUCUGGCAAUAUUCUUCAAGUCUUGUGUGAACACAACCAACAGGUCUUACAAUAUACUUGUGUCGACCCUACCAAUAGGUCAGACAAUGAACGUGUGUGUACCCUGCCAUCAGAACUGGCAAUAUACUUGUGAGGACCGACCAUGCCAGCAUAUCUUGCAAUGUACACAUGUGAACCAUACCAAUAGAUCUUGCAAUGUAUUUGUGUUGAUGCUACCAACAGGUCUUGCAAUAUACUUGUGUGAACACUGCCAGCAGAUCUGGCAAAUAUACUUGUGUGGCAAUAUACUUGUGUUGACGCUACCAAUUGGUCUUGCAAUAUACUUGUGAAGACAUUAUAGCUACAGGUCUGGCAAUAUACUUUAGUUAACCCUAUAAUAUACAUUAUACUUGUAUUGACCACACCAAUAGAUCUGGCAAUAAAUUCAUUGCAUUGUUA